AUGCGCAUAUGUAUCACACGUAAAUUCGUGAAGAAGGAUGUCCUACAGAUAUUUAUACGUUGUCCUCAGUUUUAUUGUAAUUUUUCACGGUAUAAACGGUGAAAUUUCUGUAAAAAAAAAUGAAAAACAUAUCGAUACUGCGAAUAAUUACGACGCCUGUUUUGAAAGUUUCGACGUCCACACUAAUAAAAUCAUUAAAACCGAAGAUUCAUGUGAUCUUGGUGCAAAAUAUUUAAAUGUAAUGGAUCUUGAAUCUAGAGAAGACUGUUUUAAAUAUUGUUGUAAUACAGAUAAAUGUGAUGUCUUUAUAUUUGAAGAAAAAAAACCAGGAAGUUGUUACUUGUUCGAAUGCGGACCACUUGAAGACUUCAAAUGUAAAUUUACCAAUCAUGUUAAUUACACAAGUGCAGUACUUACGAAUUACAAUAUACGCAAUCAUGCUCAAUUGGAAGAAGAAAUUCAAAUUUCUCGACAUGAACACGAGUUAAAAUCAUUAAGAAAACUUUCCAAUGUUCCACCGGUUGAGUAUGCUGCUACAGAACACACUGUAAAGCCAAGUGUUACUGUAACAUCGAGUCCAAUUUUAACAACACCGCCAGCUAAACGAGGUUGCAGUCAUAAUCAAUACGAGUGUCGUUCAUCUGGAGACUGUAUAGCAAUAUACAAUGUUUGCGAUGGUAUUCCACAAUGUGCUGAUGGUUCUGACGAAGCAGCAGACCUUGUAUGUCCUACUGAAAAGCCAACUGUCUCAGCUUCGGUAGUGAUACAAGGACCAUCCCCGCAAUUACCAUCUAAUGUUAUGAAUUAUCAUCAAAUAAUAAAUCAACGCAAAGAAAUUUAUCCUCGUGGUCCAGAAAAUAAUCCAAAGCCAUGGGAAUUAUCAAAUUUAGCGCAUCAAGUAUUGUCGCAACCGCAAAAUCUUUUAUAUCCAGUACAAAUGGAAAAAAGCUUUGGUUCACCAGCUUAUCAGUGGGAUUAUCAACCAAUAUAUGAACAAAACAAAGAUUCCUAUGUCCCAGGAAAUUCUUAUCAUGGACAAAAUAAUUUUAAUGCGUAUGAUCAAAACCAGCCUCAUAGUUUUAAUAACAAAGGACCUAACGUUAUAGGAGAACCUGAUGUAGACGGUAAUGUUUACGCUGAUUCGAAAAAUCCUUAUCCAUCACACUUUUCGUUAACACCUAACAAAGGAAUGUGGCAAGAGGCUCAAGUUCAGUUAGUACCAUCAAUAACACCAAAUCUUCCACAAAAAUUGGACAAUUACUUAAGUAAAGAUACAAAGAAUACAGUAUCACCACCUUGUGAGACAUCCGUACAACAUACUAAUACAUUAAUUAAAGAGAAAGAGCACGGUAAAGUAGAUAAAAAGAAACAGGAAGAAACAUCAAAUAUUAAAACAGAUAAGCAUAAUACAGAAAAAUCGAAUACAACAAAAAUUGACGUUUCCAAACAAAAUCAUGGACAUAAAAGUGAAUUAACAGAUCAUAAAAGUAUAAUUUUGGAGAAUCGUGAAAAAGAACAUGAAAAAAGUGCUGUAGUUGCAGAGUAUCUUCAACAAACAAAUGACAAUGACAAUCUAAGACCAAAAGGUGCAAUAAUUUCCUUGGCAUUAGGAUUAAUAACUACAGCUAUUACUGCUGCAUUAAUAGCUUAUCUAUUACGAAGAGUAAAAAGACGUGGACAUCGUGGACACGGACCUUAUGCUCACGAUCCUGAUUAUUUAGUUAAUGGAAUGUACCUUUAAUUAUAUUAAAACAAGUUUACUGAUAGAUCCCUAUAAUUUUACUAAUCAUAUAAUGUUAAUAUGUUUCCAAAUUUCAUCAAUUUCAUUCGAUGAAUUUUCAAUUUUAAUGACGCGUAUUGCAGUAAAGAAUAAAUCAUUGUUAAAAAAGAA